CAGGGACUGAAUCUUUAAUGACGUCAUACGCAUACAAUAAGCACCAGGGCCCGUAUUUAUCAAGGAACUUAAGUCAUAAAAAAAACUUAAGUCAGCUAAAAAUACUUAAGUUUUUACAAUUUUGACUUAAGUUUCAUAAAACAGCUUAAGUCAUAUUUAUCAACCUACUUAGACUUAAGUUUGGUCCGUUUUUGACUUAACUUUUUAGCCACCUGCCGACCAGACUUAAGUUUUUUUUAAUCAACUUAAGUCAUUCUAAAGAUAAAAUGGCUGCUGGGCGUUUGCCAAGAUAUUUUAAUGAAAGGAAGCCAGUUUUGAAUCUUUAUAACGAUUUUGAACUUGUGGAGAGGUAUAGGUUUGAUAGAAAUAGUAUAGAAUAUAUCACUGACCUUUUGGCUAAGGAUAUUUGUCCACUGACUCAUAGGAGUCAGUCAGUUGACGCCGUAACCAAAGUUCUUGUUACUUUACGAUACCUGGCUACGGGGAAAUUUCAAUUAUGUAGUGGCGAUGACCAUGGGGUGAGUCAGCCCACUGUAUCUAGAAUUGUGCAACAAACACUCGAUAGUUUGACAUCGAAUGAAAUAAUUAAAAGGUUCAUAAAGUUUCCAACUGAUCCAAACGAAAUUCGCCGUCACCAACAGCGCUUUUAUAAUGUUGCGAACUUUCCCGGUGUUGUUGGCAUCAUUGACGGAACCCACAUCCAAAUUCAGGCUCCAACAGUUAAUGAAAACGAAUUUGUAAAUAGGCAUCGAUAUCACAGUAUUAACACCCAAAUAGUGGUUGAUAGUGAUGACCGAAUAAUAGACGUUGUAGCGCGAUGGCCAGGGUCAACGCAUGAUUCGAGGAUACUGACAAACAGCGGGCUGCACCAACUAUUUGAACAUCAUCGUGUACCAGUGAGCUGUCAUUUGCUUGGCGACAGCGCCUAUCCUUGUAGAAGAUGGAUUCUAACACCAUUUCUUCGUCCACUUCCUGGUCCACAGACGAAUUACAAUCGAUCACAUAAGAAGAUCAGGAGCUGCGUCGAAAGAGUCAUUGGUCAGAUGAAGAGACGAUUUCAUGUGUUACAUGGGGAAAUAAGACUCCGACCUGAAAAGGCUUGCAAGGUUACAAUUGCCUGUGCUGUUCUGCACAAUAUAUGCAAGGAGAGAGAUUUGCCCCUGGCAGAUGAUGGACAUAUACAGGGAGAGGUACCAGGAGAUGAUGGAGUUGUGGUGAACCCUCUUGCUGCAGGGGCCCAAUACAGACAGCUGUUUGCCAUUAAUCAUUUUUCAUGAUCAUCAAACGUUGUAUGCAACUCCAACGGGGGAUGGCAGUGUAUUGUGUACCACUGGUAGGUUACUUUGACCUAUGUUUUACUGUUUUACUUAAUAGACCCUGUGCUAUCUCUAGGCUACCGAAACAGACUUUUCAUUUUUCAAGAUCAAUCAUAUAAUGAGUCUAAAUUUUGAACACUAAAGGAAAACCUUGUUCAGCUUUGUUUGCCACUAUAAAUGUGUCACCAUAUUACACAUAAUACAAAACUAUUUCCUUUGUUAUAAAGAACAAUAAUAAACAGUGGUUGAUCCGAAACAAGUUAUUAAUCCAUCCGACUGCAUAAAUGGCAUACAGUUAUAAUCCAGUCGUACAUACAACACAUUCAUUAAUGUGUGUUUUUCUCUAUCAAACCUCUUAAGGAUGUAUCAUGUAUCUCAGCUGUACUAUUGGGUGUAUACUAGCAAAUCAAAUCCCACAGACGACAAUAGUAACAUAUGUGGCUAAAACUCCUACCUGCAACGUAUAAACCGACAUAAACGCCACGGAUAUAAAUACUACCACCACCUUACACUUAAAAUG